UUAAAGCAUAUCGAAAAUAUUAAAAUAAUAACUUUCUGUGUUAGUAAUUUUCGUACAUUCGCAGCCUUUAAAUUGUGGUUCAACAUAAGUAUAGAGUUAUAAACAGGAAAGAACAUAAAUUUCGAUAGCGAGGUAUAAUACAUGGAAUAUUAAGGAUCUUUUGAAAUGGCAUUUUCUUCAUUCUGAACAACUAUUUGGCACCAUAAAGGGGAGGUUUAGAACCGUCGGACAGUGUAGUGGUUUGACGAUGGGCCCCGUACUGUUAUUAAUUGUCUACAUUCUGUAUCUGGAGCCGACGGAAGCUGUACGAUUUCCCCACAUCAACACUGUGUCACAGCAAGAGGAUGUGGAUGUUAACAUAUCAACUAUAUCCGAUCGUAGAAUACGUUCUGCAAAUGGCUUUCCGCUAGAUUUUGAAGUCAGAUUUACGUCAAACAAUGUACAUUCAGAUUUAAAACUGAGCAUAAAUGACGUCAGCGAUGAUAUACCAGUGGUUCUGCAGAGGGCCGGGAAAAUGGUGUCUUACCGGGUCUCCUCAGAGGCCGCCGCAUUCUACAUGGACGUUUCAAACAAAGCGGCAUUCAUCGUAUGGAGGGCUGGCGAUACCGAAACGGACAACUUUCUUUUUUUCGGGACGUACCAGUCUGGCGAUCGAGAGCUGCUGGUGCAGCCACCAACGUCCGUCGGCGCCGACCACUCCGUGGCGGAAAUUGAAGAAACCAACCCGACUGAAACUGACUUCCUGGUAAACCCUGAAUUCGAUGCAAGCAGAGUUGAACAGAUGGUAACAGCAAAUGCCAAAGACCCCGACCGAGUGGAGAGACAGGCAACAGAUUAUGAAGUUGAAAUCUUCUUUGUUAUCGACUACAGUCUUUAUUCCUUCUGGUAUAUGCAAAUGACGGGCACCGAUUCAGAAAAGCAAACAUCGGCGAUUUCAGCUAUAAAACAAUUCUACGCUUUUGUUUUAAAUGCGAUGAGCGUUCGCUACAGCUCAGUGACGGGUUCAGACUACACCAUUUCCCUCGUUUACGCGGGAAUAUCCAUUGCAACGAGUUCUACGGACGCACCCUACAUCGAGAAUAAUCUACAAUCAUUCGACGUAGAUGGCCGUCGGGCGUUCUUGGCCGACAUCGUAUUGUCUGACUUUAAGGACUGGGGAAAUACCAACCUAAAGCAGAAUUACUACUAUGACGUCGCUAUGAUGUUUACAGGUUAUGAAAUGGGCCGAUCUGUCAACGACGAGUUUAAUUCCGCUACCGCAGGUUUCGCCUACACCCCUGGAGCAUGUAGUAACUCGAAAUACAGCAUCAACGAAGACCAUUUCAGGGCGAUUCUGGCCACGGUUGCUGCACACGAGUUGGGACAUAAUUUGGGCGCCCAGCACGAUGGUACAGUCGACGGUAAUGGCGAACUUUGUUCGAGUGACGAUGCGUAUGUGAUGGCUCCCUCUAUUGGCGUGUCUUCUGACGCGAUCAAAAAUAUUCGCCAGUUCUCGUUUUCGCCAUGCUCUAUUGAUUACUUUACUGCGUAUAUGACAAAGUUAAACAAUGACGGGGAGAACUGUCUGGCAACCCGCACCGCCAACUACGACACAUCUGACCUUGACCCUUAUUUGGGUGACCUUGCCGGUCAGGUGUACACUCCAGAUCAGCAGUGUGAAUACUUAAUGGGAGCCGGUUCCUACCUCUCCAGGAUCAGCUAUGAAUCGGAUUACAGCGGGAUUUGUUCCGUGAUGAACUGUUUUGUGCCGGGAACUACUAGCUCAUUUAGAUAUAAACUUACCUGGGAGGGUACAACGUGUGGGGACGGAAAGCUGUGUAGUGGUGGGUUGUGUGUUGCGUCGUCCAUUGCUCCGGCUGUAGCGAAUGAGUCAUGUAUGUUCGGAAACAACCCAAGCAUCGUGACGUUCGAGACGGUGACGUGCAGUGAAUUACUGGCUUUUCCAAACACCUCAUACGAAUGCUACAACAGCAGACGUCGAGAAGAUUGUUGUGAAACAUGCGAACAAUUCAGGCUCGCAAACGUUAACAACAUUGAUUGCGAGUACGGCGAUCAGGAAAGUUGGUGUGCAACGUUGUCUCUGAGAGACUGCUAUGCCAAUGAAGCUGUUUGUUGUCAGUCCUGUCCGGAGAGAGCUUUAAAUAUACUAGAUUGCCCAUAUGGAGAUCGGUCAACGUACUGUAAUGCAGCUGAUUGUCCAAAUUAUUCUGAAGACUUUAAAACAGAUAACUGUUGUCAAACAUGUGCAGCUACAACCACAAUAAUAUCGACUAGAACCUCUACUGCACCAACAUCCGCCGGGACUACACCAACUACAGCAACCUCUACACCAACAACGACAGCAACUACAUCAACCACAACAGCCACAACACCAACUAUAACUACCAUUACACCAACAACAACUGACACUUUACCAACUACAACAAAACUUACGACGACAGUCACUACACCUACUAAAACUACUGUCAAGAACUCCGCGAAUAUAAAACAAAAUCUUUGUAUAAUUAAUAGUUCAUGUGGUAUAUUAUGUUUAAUAAUUAUUACAUUGAUCUUUGGUAACUAAAAACAACGAAAAAUGUUUGUUUUGCUCCGUUGUAUUUUCCAUCAUGUGUUAAUCUUUGUGUUUACUUUAUAUGUUUGCACCGUUGAGGUUUUACAUAACGGCUUUUACUGGAACCAUUGCUCCGUUAGCAUGUGCUUCCAUGUUACCCGCAAUACUCGUGCAUUUCAUGUGUAGUUUGCGGGAAUAAUUAGUUUAUAAAUCUGUGCGCAUGUUGUACCAUAGAGACCAUUUACUGGAAUGAUUGGACUUACAUUUAUCAGUUUAUAUUGGAUUAAAAUAGUGUUUAAAAUAUAUACUUUUACUAACUAUUGAAUUUA